AACCGGCAAGCAAAAUUGAGCUGAUAAGGUUUUCUUUAUUGCUUGGUCUUUGUGUUGGAAAGGACCGAUCACGCCCGAUACCACCAAUAUCCGGUCUGGUGGUCUGGCCAUGGUCUGGUGGGUUGCCCCGUGCGAGGUGAAUGGACGGCACGAGGUUUCAUCAGUCACUUUCCAUACAAAGAUGGCGGCCCCUCCACAAAGACGCUGCUGACCGUGACUUCUCCAUCUUUCGUCUUUUGUUGAAUCUUGACCUCAAUCUCGUUGGAAAGGAAGCAAACAUUCAUUCAAUCUAUCAGGCCAGGAGAGUCGAAGGGGUCUCAUGGGUCCCACACGCGGUCUCCGAACAGAUGAUAAGCCUGAGGGGCCUGGAGCUUCAGUCUCACCGACGCGGUAUGGAACGAUAGUAGACGCCGAGGCAGCUAAAUCCAGCGACACCGAUAUGGACGCCGAGUUCGAUGGCCUCAGUCUGUACGAGAAGAAGGUCCUGCUUGUCGACCGCGAAAUCGACGCCCAGGGCAUGGGACGUUACCAGUGGUCCGUAUUCUUCACCUGUGGAGCGGGAUACUUGCUCGACUUGUUAUGGGCGCAGGCUUUUGGGUUGGUCGUCACGCCGAUGCAGAAUGAAUUCGGAUUCGGCGACGAAGAUCUAGGAACCAUCUUCACCGCGUUCUCUGUCGGGUUGACGGCGGGGGCAUUCCUUUGGGGUAUACUGGUUGACACGGUCGGCCGGUCCGCUGGGUUCAACUACACGGUAUUGAUCUCGAGUAUUUUUGGGGUCUGGUUGGGUGGCAGUUCUAACUACAAUACUGUCGUUGUGCUCACGGCGCUCACGGGAAUUGGCAUCGGCGGGAACAUACCUGUCGACACGACGAUUUGUUUGGAGUGUUUGCCGCAGAGCCGCAGAUGGCUGUUGCCCACGCUGUCGAUCUUCCAACCUAUCGGCGUUGUGGCCUGCAGUGCGAUGGCGUACGCUUUCAUCCCGAAGUACUCGUGCGCGGAGGAUCUGGCGGCGUGUAGCACGGCAGGGGCUGGGGUGCCGUGCUGUUCCAGGGAGGAUAAUUGGGGAUGGAGGUACCUGAUGUUCACGAUUGGGGGGAUCACGAUUGCAGUCUUCAUCCUGAGGAGUCUGUUGUUCACCUUCCAGGAAUCGCCGAAGUAUUUGCUCUACAGGGGACGGGACGGAGAAGCCAUCAAUGUGCUGCAGUAUAUUGCGAGAUUCAACAAGCGCGAAUGCGGUUUGACGAUAGAGACAUUCGAUGCCUUGUCAUCCGACGCAUCACGUUUCGGUGCCGAUGACUCGUCUGGUCACCUGCUUGGGUCGGGUGCGGACAAGAAGGACCUGUCCAUGGGAGAAAGGAUACGUGGCGAACUCGCCCGCUUCAAACCUUUAUUCUCGAGCUUCGCCAUGGGCCGACUCGUCAUUCUCGUCUGGAUCAUCUAUGCAUUCGAUUACUGGGGAUUCACCAUUGCCGGAUCUUUUCUACCAACCAUCCUUGCUCGCAAAGGGCGCGCUCUGGGGCUCGGGCUGCGCGAGACGUACAGAUCCUACAUCUACAUUUACACCUUUGGCAUUCCGGGAGUGCUGGCUGGCAGUCUGAUCUAUGGGCGCCGACGGACAGCGCUGCUACUUUCUUCGGCACUAUUCGGUGCGUGUCUGUUUGCCUUCACCCUGGUAAGCGACCAGGCGUCGUACAUUGCGAUCAAUGGAUUGGUGUACUUCUUCCAGAGCAUGUUCAAUGGCGUGCUGUAUGGGUGGACGCCGGAAGCGUUUCCUGCGCAGGUUCGUGGGUCGGCUUGUGGCAUCAGCAGUUUCUUCGGGAGACUGGUUGGUAUCGUUGCGCCCAUCGCUGGAUCGCAUAUGCUUGCACACAGUCUGAAUGGAGUGCUGUAUCUCGCUGGGGCCGGGGUCUGGGUGUCGACGGUGGCCAUAUUGUUGUUGCCGAGGAAGGCUUUGCAAGGGCAGAACCACUGAAGUGGUCAGAUGGUCAAGGUUUGACGAUCUGUGGCUGAGACAGCGACAAAGUACACGCUGUUACGAUGUCAUGAAUAUGAGUGAUGAUAGAACGCUCCGAAUGCGAGGUAUAGUGCCUUUCGAACGAUCUGAGGCUUGGGUUACAGGUAGAUACUCGCGAGACUUCGUCUCGAUGUCCAUAUGAAGAACAUUCGAGUGCUAGUCGUGCGUGUUUGAUGGGACCAAUUCUGGGGCGUGGUUCAACAAGACUUGCUGCCGAUGCAUAUUGGGCGAUCUCUUGCUGCUUGUUGACAUAAAUGUGUCGUGGAAAGAUUCGUCCAUCAAUCGAACUUCUCUGCGCCUAUUUGCAAACACAUAUCCAGACUCUCGUUCAACAUCGUCAAUGUGGCCUGAUAUUGCCGCCACGUGUUAAGUCGCGU